CGGAAAAUGAUGCUGCUAAUUUUAUUUCUGUGCAUCGGAGCUGUUGCAGGGAGGAGAUCACCGCAUGCAGAGUACAUUGAGGAGCUGGAACAGAGUCUGGUUGGUACCCCAAGCGAUGUGCUGGAAGAUGCUAAACUCGACGUGCCUGGUCUUCUAAUCAAAUACGGAUAUCCCUCCGAGAUCCACAGUGUAGAAACAGAAGAUGGUUACAUACUGGAAAUGCACCGGAUUCCUCACGGUAGGAACGAAGGGAGCAGACCUAAACAGAACAGACCGGUGGUCUUCCUGAUGCAUGGUCUUUUAUCGUCUUCAGCUGACUUCUUGGUAUUAGGGCCGAGUACUGCUUUGGGUUACAUCCUAUCCGACGCCGGCUAUGAUGUCUGGUUGGGUAACGCCCGCGGUAACUUCUACUCUCGCAACCACAGACGUCACAAUCCGGACAGCCUCAUCACUCAGAGAUUUUGGAAGUUCAGCUGGGACGAAAUAGGCAAUUACGACCUACCGGCCAUGAUAGAUUACGUUUUAGAGGUCACCGGGCAACAGAAAGUUCACUAUGUCGGCCAUUCCCAAGGCGGAACCACGUUUUUGGUGUUAAAUUCGUUAAGACCGGAAUAUAAUGAGAAGUUCAUUUCCUUCCAAGGGUUGGCACCUGCUUCCUUCUUCACUUAUAAUGAACAUUCAACUUUCAACGCUUUGGCGCCGUAUGAAAAUGUUCUUGAGAGCGCAGCCUUUGCUAUGGGUGUGGGUGAAAUCUUUGGUAACAGGGAAUUCAUGACCUGGUUCGCCACCAACCAUUGCAUCGAGGACUCGAUUUUGUUUCCCUUGUGCACCAACACGCUACCCGGUAUUACUUCCUCUGAAUAUUUUAACUCGACUUUGUUACCACUGAUCCUUGGCCAUACCCCAGCCGGUGCAUCCAUCCGGCAAGUAGCCCACUACGGUCAGUGCAUUCGUUUUGAUGCCUUCCGCCGCUACGACCACGAUCCAAUCAGAAACCUCAUCAACUACGGCCAAUUGCAGCCACCGAACUAUGACCUCAGUAAAAUCACGGUCCCAGCUUAUCUCCACUACGGCUUAAAGGACAGGCAGGUCGACUAUAGGGAUCUUUACCUUUUGGCCAGGAAAUUGCCAAACACAAUAGGCGUUUACAAAGUGGCGCGUGAUAGCUUCAAUCACUUCGAUUUUCUUUGGGCCUCUGAUGUCAAAGAAAUGUUUUAUGAUAGACUAUUGGAGUACUUAAAACUUGCGGAAACGCAAUGUUUCUAA